GGCCAUCUUCCCUUAACGUUCACAGUACUCAUGUUUCGUCAAUUUUGGGAAACAGCUCAAAAAUCACGGCGACCAUUUGCAACAUUUUGCAACAAUAGUUGUUUUAAUUACUGCCUUGCAUUUGGUGAAGCAGUUGUUUCUUGAUGUGUUUUUUCUUUUUUGACUCCUGAAUGUUUGGCGGGGUUCCUCGGAAAGCAUUCGGUGCGGGCACCAGGCGGUCGAAAAAACGAACCGUAUUCAACACAUUCCAACCUGGCUGAAAUGUUUCAGCAAAACAUGUGUUUCGGAAACUUGACGUGUGUUUUUGGGGGUGGGCUUGCCUUCCAGAAGUGUUUUGGCUCAGCGGGUUCGUGGGGAAUUUCUCCACUCGCUUUAGCUUUCCUGGAAGGUUAGGGCAUCCGUUGAGAUUUUGUGCUUGGUUUGCUUACGCCAAUGCAGUACCUCAGCUUCAAUGAGGCUGUGGGAGGAAAGGGCAAGAUCAAUAAUUUGCCGGAGGAAGACAGUGACACGCAGAAAGCCUUGCUGGAUCCAAUGCCUUUAAAAGAUACUUGGGUUCUAUGGGAGCAGGCUGUUGCGGCAGAAGGACGAGGCAAUAGCUACCAUGAGUCCAUGAAAGAGAUAGUGGCCUUCAAAACUGCCCAGGACUUCUGGAGCAUUUGGAAUGGGGUGCCCCAGCCCAGUGAGCUCCUUGACAACAAACGCAUCACAAGAGACAACGGUGGUGGGUCCCAGACCGCAAUCGACGCCAUUAUGCUCUUCAAACAGGGUGUGAGGCCAGAAUGGGAAGAUCCGCUUAAUGCAAGUGGUGGCCACUUCCAGGUGCAGCUGAAACCGGGGAUUGGUGGAGCUCAGAUAGACGAGUACUGGAACAACAUAGUUCUAGGUAUGGUUGGUGGUACCAUCGAGCCGUACGACGUCAUAACGGGCGUCCGGCUCGUGGAUAAACUCUCCGGGGCCAAGGCUGCGGGCAUUCUCAGGAUAGAGCUUUGGUUUGCUAGGUACGAUGACCAAACCUCAGUCACGGCGCUUAAGAAGAAUAUGGAGAAGUGCAUUUGCCAAAAACUCGACGGCACUGCGGGAACUGGAGUGAAGAUCGAACUCAAAGCUCACGCAUCUGCUGGGAAGCACUGAGAGCGCGGCGUAAUUCAUUUGCUGUGGGCUCCCGAAUACAUGGAGAGCACAUGCCGCAUGAAUGAUGCAUGUGUUUUUCAUGGCAACUUUUGGUUUUGAGGAUUGAUUGGGGUCAGACUUGUUCACAGCAUGGGAUGAUUAGGAUGUCAUGGGGGUUGGACAACACUUGC